UCGAUGCUGCCGGUCACCCUUUCCUGCACCAUCCGACCAGCCCCCAACAUCUUUGCGUAAAGCACCUCCUCUCCGAUUUCUCUACCUCUCUCGCACUUUCCUUCUCUCCUCUCCAUGUUUGUCGUCGUUCUAGCAAUCACCGUCGCUGUCCACGUCUUGCCACCUCAAGUCGCAUGUAGCCCUCUCUCUGCACUUGCAAGUAAGCCCUUCAGAUCGCAGAAGACUUCCCCCAGUUCCACACUUCAACUCGAGUUCGUGUCUACUCCAACCUAGGUUUCUAACACAAACAGUCACAAAGGCCUGCACAUGAGUCUUCGCGUUAACAGCAACAACGUUGUUCGGCAAAGUUCAAAGUUCCAUGAACAAAUAUUUUCCACUCGCACCAAAUUCUUUCGUUCUUCUUCUUCCUCUCCUUAUGAUAAUCAUAGUAAUAAUUUCCCUAAACUCCCGCCUCUUCAAACCUUACUCAAAAGAGGCUUCUCCCCCACUCUCAAGUCCAUCAACCAAUUCCUUCUCUUUCUCUCACAAACUCACAGAUUCAACUCAAUCAUCCACUUCUUCUCUCAAAUGAGUUCGAACCAAAUCAAAGGCAACUCUCGCACCCACUCAAUCUUCGCAUGGGCCCUCCUCAAAUCUCACAAAUUCGAAGAAGUUGAGCAUUUCAUGGAGACCCAGGAGACCACAGCUUCUAAUUUCCCCACAAAUCGCAUGUGGGAUUCCAUGAUUCAAGACCUUUGCGAUAAAGAAAACGACCCAGAGAAAGCUCUGUUCGUCUUACGUUUUUGCUUGAGAUAUUGUGGUAUUCUGCCUUCUUCUUUCACUUUUUGUUCAUUGAUUCAUAUGUUUAGCUCUCAGGGAAACAUGGGUAAGGCAAUUGAGGUGCUGGAGUUGAUGACAGAUGAGAUAGUUUGUUACCCUUUCGGUAAUUUUGUUUGCAGUUCCGUUAUUUCUGGGUUUUGUAAGAUCGGAAAGCCGGAACUUGCGGUGGGGUUUUUUGAAAACUCCGUGAGUUCGGGAGCUUUACGGCCUAAUGUGGUGACUUACACGGCGAUUGCGGGUGCUCUUUGUAAGUUGGGUAGAGUGAAUGAAAUUCGUGAUUUGGUUUGCAGGAUGGAGAUGGAAGGAUUGGCAUUUGAUGCUGUUUUUUAUAGCAGUUGGGCUUGUGGGUAUAUAGCGGAAGGGGAUUUAAAGGAGGCGUUUAGAAAGAAUAAACAAAUGGUGGAAAGAGGAAUCGAGCCAGAUGUUAUGAGCUAUACUAUACUAAUAGAUGGCUUGUCCAAGCUUGGGGAUGUGGAAAAGGUAGUCGGUCUUUUGAAUAAGAUGAGUAAAGAUGGAAUAGAGCCCAAUUUGGUUACGUACACUUGCAUCAUUUUGGGAUUUUGCAAGAAAGGGAAAAUGAAGGAAGCGUUUGCUAUUUUCAAGUUGGUUGAAGUUUCGGGAAUUGAAGUUGAUGAAUUUAUGUUUGCAACUUUAAUUGAUGGCUUUUGCAGGAGUGGGGAUUUUGAUAAUGUCUUUCAUUUGCUCGAUGAAAUGGAGAAGAGGGGGAUUAAUCCAAGUAUCGUGACCUAUAAUACUGUGAUUAAUGGAUUGUGCAAGUUUGGGAGGACAUCUGAGGCUGAUGAGCUCUCAAAGGGCAUAGAUGGAGAUAUUAUUACUUACAGUACACUGUUACAUGGGUAUAUUGAGGAAGAGAAUACAGUGGGGACUCUGGAAACAAAGAGGAGAUUGGAAAAGGCUGGAGUCUGCAUGGAUGUUGUCAUGUGUAAUAUACUCAUCAAAGCACUAUUUAUGGUUGGGGCUUUUGAAGAUAUGUAUGUGAUCUACAAGGGAAUGCCAGAAAUGGGUUUGGCUGCAGAUUUUGUUACUUAUUGUACAAUGAUUGAUGGGUAUUGUAAAGUAGGAAGAAUCGAUGAGGCACUUGAGAUAUUUGAUGAUUUUCGGAGGACGUCUAUUUCUUCAGUUGCAUGCUACAAUUGUAUUAUUAAUGGGCUCUGCAAGAAGGGUAUGGUGGAUAUGGCCACUGAAGUGUUUAUUGAACUCAAUGAGAAAGAUUUAGCUUUGGAUGUGAAUACCUAUAUGAUGCUGAUCAAAGCAAUUUUUGAAGCAAAAAGUGCGGAUGGGGUUUUAAAAUUAGUUUGCAGGUUGGAGAAUCUGAGGCCAGAAAUAUAUUGUAUAAUGUGUAAUGAUGCUAUCUUGUACUUGUGCAAGAGAGGUUUUCAUGAGACUGCAAGUCAAGUGUACAUAGCAAUGAGAAACAAAGAAUCAACUGUGACAAGCAAGUCUUUCUAUUCAAUCUUAAAAGGGCUUUUUAGUGUUGGAAAAGUGUCAUUGAGUCAGCCUAUUUUGACUGCAUUUCUCAAAGAAUAUGGCUUAGCUGAGCAUAGGGUAAGCAGGAUACUAGCACACUACCUGUGUCUGAUGGAUGCCGACAGAGCGAUUCGGGUUCUUGACAGAAUCAAGGAUAAUAAUUCAGCUGUCACUUUCCCUGUUUCACUUUUUAAGGAACUUGUAAGGAGUGGUAGAGUUUUAGAUGCAUAUAAGCUUCUUGUGGAGGCUGAAGAGUAUCUACCCCUUAUGGAUGUGGUUGAUUAUUCAAUCAUAGUUGAUGGACUAUGCAAGGGAGGGCAUGUCAAUAAGGCCUUAGAUGUUUGUGCUUUUGUUAAAAAGAAAGGGAUUACCCUAAACAUCAUCUCUUAUAAUACAGUUAUAAAUGGGCUGUGCUGCCAGGGUCACCUUGUCGAAGCAUUUAGGUUAUUUGAUUCAUUGGAGAAAAAUGGUUUAGUUCCCUCUGAAAUAACAUAUGCUACAUUGAUUGAUGCAUUAUGCCGGGAGGGGUUUCUGCUAGAUGGCAAGCUGUUGUUUGAGAGAAUGGUUCUCAAGGAUUUUAAUCCAAAUACACGUGUUUACAACUCAUUGAUCAAUGGUUAUUGCAAGUUUGGUAGAAUGGAGGAAGCCUUUAGGCUUCUGUCUGAUAUGGAGAUUAAAUGCCUAAAGCCUGAUGAAUACACUGUUAGUGCUGUUAUCAGUGGCUAUAACCAAAAGGGUGACAUGGAAGGGGCCCUUGUGUUUUUCAUGGAGUUCAAGAAGAAAGGCAUAUCUCCUGAUUUCUUGGGUUUCUUGUAUUUGAUCCGAGGUCUAUGUGCCAAAGGAAGGAUGGAAGAGGCCAGGACGAUCUUGAGAGAAAUGCUUCAGUCCCAGUCUGCCGUGGAUCUUAUAAACAAAGUUGACACUGAGGUUGAAACAGAGUCGAUAGGAAGUUUUCUUCUUGUUUUAUGUGAGCAAGGAAGUAUCCAAGAAGCUGUUGCAGUUCUUGACCAAGUUGCUUCUGUGUUUUUCCCAGUCCGAAGAUGGUACAAGGCUUAUGGUAAAAAAUUAGAUGCACCAAGCAAUCUUUAUGAACAGGAAAGAGUUGAUACGGUUGCAUCAACUUCUGUAAGCUACCCUUCCAAAACUGAUUUGGGAUAUGGUCGUUCUAACGUAGAAGAAGUAAAGAAAGCGGUGGAAAGUUGUGAUAGGUUAGGGAAAAAAUCUCAAUUUCGUAACUUCGACUGUUACUAUUCGAUCUUAGCUUCACUCUGUUCAAGAGGGGAGCUGCAGAAGGCUGGUCAAUUAGCAAAAGAAAUGCUUUCUAAUUUGGAUACAUCCCUAUUAAUAAAACUGGAAAAGUAGUGUUUGUUUAAACGAACUCGGAGCUUCCUCUACCUUCUAUGCAAGACAGGAACAAUGUGUUACUGCCUGCAGCUGCAGAAGGAAAGGGUUUACAGAGGAUUGGGGAAAAGCUCGGAAUAAAGCAUACAACAAUCGGACAAAGUGCCAAAGAGUAGAGCAUAAAGCUCAGUACAGAAAUUGUAAAUCUUGAAUAGAGGCCCAAAAGCAAAGUUGGCCCAAGGACUACUAGUAAAUUAAGAGCAUUCUAUUUCUUGCAUAUUGCCAAGAAGGCAGCGAUCGUGUGUAACGGUAGCAAUCCAUGCAUGCAGUAGACGCGGGGGCGAAUGCAGGGUAGGGUGUUGGGUAAGCUUGAAUGACGUCCAGUUCUCUACAAGGCUCUUGAUUGUUGCAUUUCAAGUAUCAAUCUCUAUGAGGUACUGUUCGAGUACGCUUUGCAUCGUUUAGAUUUCUCCUUUCUUUUUAUCCCCGUGCUAUUAUCAAAGAUGGUAGAAAGCCAAGAGUAGUGGAAUGUUGGAUUCAUUCCGCCAAUUACAAUUAUAUAAGAUGGCUAUGGUGACUAAUUAUUACCUGUUCAUAGUCGAUUUGCUUGAUAAAGGGCAAUUUUGAAGUAAC